UUAAAAGUCACUGUGCGCACAGAAAGAUCUAGUACGAGGAAAUGGGACGUUGAAAAGCUUUCAAAACUGAAGCCAAAGCACAACUGCGAAGAAAACAGUAGGAGAGAAGGAGGAGGGCACCACCGAUUCGUCUUGUUUAUGCUCACUUUAACGAGCACUUCCAAAUACAUCUACACACAGCUCCGGUGUUAUUUAUUCAAAUCUAUUAAAAGAGCAAAUAAUCCCAUGGAACUGUCAGCAAUCGGAGAACAAGUGUUUGCUGUGGAAUCGAUAAUAAAGAAGAGAGUGAGGAAGGGGAAUGUGGAAUAUUUACUAAAGUGGAAGGGGUGGCCCCCAAAGUAUAGCACUUGGGAACCUGAGGAGCAUAUCCUGGAUCCCCGGCUUGUUCUAGCAUAUGAGGAAAAAGAACACAAAGACCGAGCAGUGGGCUGGCGUAAGAGAGGACCUAAACCUAAAAGGCUUCUUGUGCAGGGCAUUUAUUCAAUGGAUCUCCGCAGUGCACACAAAGCUGCAGAAAAAUCUCCAGAACAUCUGCACCUGUCCCUUACACACCCCCUCGAUCCACAGGCUGGACAUGCCGCACAGAAAUUCUGCUCCAAAGAAAGUGGUGUAUAUCGUCAGCUAGUUCAUCACAAGAGAAAGAAGAGAAACCUCAAAGGACCUUCAGUGGAUGACUGGGAGGGGCUGGAGAAAGACGACAGUUAUGAAGAAGAGGUUAUAAGACAGGAAGAAAUAGAGACUGACAGGGCCGCUCUAAACAAGACAGAGGGUUGGAGUCCAAUAACUGGAUCCGAGGAAAUGACCGUGUCUCCAGUGUGUGAGGAGUGGAGGCCGGUUAUGGGUCCAGAGGAGGUAACUGUGACAGAUGUCACCAUCAAUUCGCUGACAGUUACUUUCAGAGAGGCUUUGGUUGCAAAAGGCUUCUUUAGAAGCUGGGAACUGGAGCUGUAAUAAAGUAUGUUGAUGUCUCGUGAGGCAGAAGGAGGGAGAAAUGAAAGGGGUCAUUAGAUAUCAUGACCAUAUGGUAACCCCCCGCUGCAGAAGAAACCUGCAUCCCUAUCUGCUACAAUUUUACUACCUCUACAUUUACUUAAAUACAUUUUUAUAGCAGCACUUUGUAGCACCCAUUGUUCCACUUCAUCAUUGAAAGACUGCCUGUGUGUAAUCUGAUAUUUUCUUUCUAUUCAUGUGAUGUAUAUUUUACCAAAAAGUAACUGCAUCAAUUUACACUGUAUUUUUCUAUGAUUACAUACAUGUAUAAUUGAGCAUAGUGUUUAACGGAUGAAACAUUUUGUACUUUUCUUAUAGUGGUAACAAAGUACUCGAACCAUAACUAUUGAACAUAUUACCAAGAUAUCUGUAGUCUCUGAAAAUCUGCACUUUACAGGUACCCUGGUGUUGUGAUGCCAGAAUACAUGGAAGUAUUUGUAUUAUAUUCAACAUGUGCUUUUAUAUUGUAAUAAAGCUAAAUGUGAGAAAUCAAA